UGGCGCCCCCCAGGGCCAAGGGGCCGAGGAGGGCUGGCUAGACGAAUGCCCCUGUCGUCACCGCUCCCCGCGCUGCACUCUCUCUGCCGACCAACUCCACCUCUACGGCCGACAUCUAAUCCGCCCAGCCGACGGAUCCUCUUCCGGCUUUGCCUUUAUCGUACUCUCCUUCUCUUGGCGCAUCGCAUCGCACAUCAUCACAUCGUAUCAACCUCCACCCCCCUUUCCAUCCUACAAGCAUUCCCAUACAGACCCCUCUUCGGGUUGAGAGCUCCAACGUUUACUAGCGCAAGGGGAAAGGGCACGUUGUGAUUUCCCCUCUCAUCCCAGCCAGGCUUCGAUUUUGAUAUUCCAGCAUCGCAUUGUAUUCGGAACUUCAGCGUCCCCGCCCCAAGAGACAGAGACGAGUAGAAGAUGGCGUCUGCUAGCGGACCAGCACCGGAAGAGGCCGUCUACUCUUUCCGGCUGCUUGAGGCUCUGCGCCAAGGUGAUGCGAAGACCCUUCGUCCUUUCCUGUCCAAGGCUCCCACGACACCGAAGGGCACACCAGUGAACGAGUUGACGAGUCCUCUACACAUCGCUGUCCGGUGUGCAGAGUAUGCUACAGUGCAGCUCUGCCUCGAAUACAAGGAUUUGGACAUCAAUGCCACCGAGGCUCACCACGGCAACACUGCCCUUCACAUUGCCUCGUCUCUCGGGCGGGCAGAUGUCACUCAGCUGCUUUUGAGCAGAGAGGGAAUCGACGAUACUAAGCGGAACAAGGACGGCAAAGAUCCGGCAGAUCUGGCCCACUCCCCUCAGAUUGCCCAAUUGUUUCAAGUCUCCCGAGCCGAGCUCAACUGCCAGUAUCUUGAAGUAUUGUCGGCCUGGGAGAGUCGAAGCCCAGGCGCUGAAGAAAAGUUGCGCGCCAUUCUUGCCUUGCCUCGGGCUCGGUCUCUAGACCUCAAUGUGCAGAGCAAGUCUGGCACCACGUUGUUGCACGAGGCUGUUGCAAGAAAGGACACUGCCAUGAUUGAAGUUGCUGUACGGAACGGAGCAGAUGUGUAUACUAGGAAUAGGAGAGGAAAGUCGGCCUUGGAUAGCUCAAAGGAUGAGAAGAUCAAGGCCCUCCUGAGGCAGUACUCCAACGCUGAUGCGGCCAUUGCAGCACAGACACCCGCCGGUCAUCCACCGACUUUCAGAGGUUACCUCGGAAAAUGGACCAAUCUAGCAGGGGGCUACAAAGUGCGGUGGUUUGUUCUGCAAGAUGGUGUUCUGUCGUAUUACCAUACCCAAGAAGAAGAGGGCAAGUCAUCUCGUGGCUCUGUCAACUUGCGCUUUGCCAAGAUCCGAGCCUCGAGCAACGACAAGCACCGUUUCGAAGUCAUCAGCGAAGCUACAGCCAAGGGCACUAGCAAGCUGUAUCUAAGGGGAUCUCACCCCGUGGAAAGAGCGCGAUGGGUCGCUGUCCUCCAGCAGACUCAAGACCACUUUGAUUUGAGUCGCACAGCAAGUAGGACUGAUGGUCCAGCAGGCUCAGUAGGUUCCAAUCCCACCGCAAGUGGUUCUGUCUCCAAUCUCAGCCUUGCGCCGUCGAGGAGUACGACUCCUGCCCUCGCGAGAAGUAGUCUGAGCACCAACACCAACAACGCCAUCCUUGGCACGCUCACAACGUCGGCGCCUCUGUCAGCUUCGCGGCCUGAAAGCAUCCAGCGGACCCCAAGUAUGACCAGCAUUCAUAGUCUCGCUAGCGAGCAAGGAGACUCCGAUGGACUGGCGGAUGCCGAGCCGCUCUUCGAUGCAGAUGGAAAGCCCCGCAUUCCUCACUCCGAGACAAUGCCCCUCAUCCAGAGCUCUCUUGGCCUCAAGAUCGAGCAGGCUCUACAACUCGCUGCAUCGAUUCCCGCAACGGCAGACGGAGGAGUCAAGGCGACCCUGCAGGAUGCCCUUGCACAGAUCGAGUCGCUCUCGUCGGAGCAGGCUAAGCUUGUCGGUGAACGGGAAGCCUACCUUCUGAGGAGGUACGAGCAAGAGAUCUCUGCCAAGCAUCUGUGGGAGGAAAAUAUGAAGACUCUUGCGCAACAGCACGCAGACAUGGAGGAUCAACUCCAAGAGGCUGCUCAGGACAAUGCCAAGAAGCGUAAAGCUCUCCGUGAGAUUCGAGACAACAUUGGUGCCUCUCCAAGCGCGGGAGUGCUCAGUCCCGUGCCACAGCGAGGCGCCCUAUCGCUGCAAGGUACGAUUGCAGAUCGACGGGACGGCGCUGAGCCUCUUGCGCUGGAUGGAGUCCCGACAAAGCCCGUAGCGAGGGGUAGCAUGUCAGGUCUGGCAUCAGGCUCUGCUGGUGGGCAGAUGACCGAGACAGAAUCAGUCGGGGACGAUGAUGAGUUCUUCGAUGCAAUUGAAAGUGGGAACUUGCCGGGUCUCAAAGUGGAGACUCCCAUGCAGGAAGAGAUGAAGGAGGCCGACUGGCCUGAAGACUUCAACCGCAAGCAGGCCAUUGACGACGCUGCUCUCGAGCCAUAUCGGCAUCUUCGUACCAAGCUGCCCAUUGGCUCUGACGACAGGCCAAGCGUCUCUCUGUGGGCAAUCUUGAAGAACAACAUCGGCAAAGACUUGACGAAGAUCUCUUUUCCGGUCGCUUUCAAUGAGCCUACCAGUAUGCUUCAGCGAAUGGCAGAGGACAUGGAGUUCUCUGAAUGCCUUGACGCUGCUGCUACGCAAGAAGACUCGACCAAGCGGAUUGCUUUUGUGGCGGCUUUUGCCAUGAGCAACUACUCGAGCACCAUCGGUCGUGUUGCGAAGCCUUUCAACCCCAUGCUAGGAGAGUCUUUCGAGUACAUGCGGCCAGACAAGCACUAUCGGUACAUCUCUGAGCAAGUCUGCCAUCAUCCUCCCGUUUCUGCAUGUCUAGCGCAGUCUCCACUGUGGGACUACCUCGGCUGCGUCGAUGCCAAGUCGAAAUUCCUCGGUCGCACCUUUGAGAUUCGCCCUACUGGUGUGGCCCACGCUCGGCUGAAAAUUUCAAAGGAUUGGCUCCCAAAGGCAGGCAAGGGCCUGCCUGAAGCCGGGCCCCUCUUCCCUGGCAAAGUCAUUGAGCAUUACACCUGGAACAAGGUGACGACGAGCGUGUCUGGCUUCAUUGUUGGAAGUCCCACGAUUGACCACGUCGGUGAUCUGACUGUCGAGAAUCACGCCACGGGCGACAAGUGCACCUUGACCUUUAAGCCUCGUGGCUGGAGGGGUGGCGCAGCGCGAGAGAUCAGUGGACAGGUGUGGAAUGGCGCUGGUAAGCUGGUGUGGGAGAUUGCUGGAAAGUGGGACAGCCAACUCGUAGCUCGCAAAGCUGGUGCAGGCAAGGGCACUCUCAACCCAGAUGAGAGUGUGCAGGGAGGCUUCAGCGCAGAGUCGAAUCCUCUGGCUGAAUACCUCUUGCUGUGGAAGAAUAGCGUCAAGCCGGCCAAUCUACCCUUCAACCUCACACCCUUUGCCAUUACUCUCAACGAUCUUCCCAAGAGCUUACCGAAGUGGCUCCCUCCCACGGACUGCCGUGUGCGACCGGAUCUGGUAAGCUUCGAAGAGGGUCGCUUCGACGAGGCCAACGGUCUAAAGCAGUCUCUAGAGGACUACCAACGCCAGACUCGAAAGAAGCGCGAGACGGGCGAAUUGCCCCCUCACGAGCCGCGCUGGUUUACAAAGACGAUCGAUGCAGACUCGGGCGAGGCCUUUUGGCAGCCCAAGGUUGCAGAUGGAGAAGGGCCUGGUGCUCAUCCGGAGUACUGGAGUGUACGACAAAAGGUGGGAGAGACGGGCGACGACUCACUAUGGGGUUGUCAACACAUCUAUGGACCUUUUGAGAGCAAGAGGAUCAAGGCAACGUGAGGGCAAGGGGAUUCAGAACUCUCAGUAAGCCACUCUCCCAGCCGUCCUCCUUUCUUGCCCGCCCCCUCGAUAGAUGUGCGCGCAUCUUCCUUUGAAUCGGUUUGAAUUCUCCUCUGCCUCUCCGUUUCAUUAUUCUCGUAUCGAUCCUCAAUCUUCUCGCGCCCAGUGUUCCAUACUCUCUCGUCUGACCCUGCAAUACCUAUUAUUUUACAUGUCCUAUAUUCUUCUUCAUGGUCAGGAAUGCAGUCAGCUUCGCCGUAGCGUAGCGUCUGGUUUGGCCUCGUCUCAUCUCAUCUCGUCCCCACUUUUUCGCACCGGAAGGGUCCCAUCGUCCAUCCAGUGGGGCUCAAGGAAAGAGCGUGAAUGGCGUCCUGUGCUGAGUUGCAGGCGCAGGUGGAGGGGACGUGCAAACGCGGCGGCCAUGUGGGCGGGCGCCUCGGCUCGAAGCGGG